AACGGCAAAAAAAAAAAAAAAACAUCAGAAGAAGAAUGUUUGUUUAUGUUGUUGCUGUUGAAAACGUCUACUCUGUAUAGAUCAGUGGCAAAACCUGCUUUCUGUCCGAUUCCCGUCUUCAUUUUGUAUGACGGAGGACGUAGACACGCCGAGACGCGCUCGCCUCACUGAUUGGCUGAUCCUCUGAUUCAUUUGCAUAUGACGCUCAGACAUAAAUACGGAACUCUCGUGUUGAAAGAAGCUAUUUUCUGCUGCGCAACACGGACCAGAGAUUCGCUCUUACACGCUGUUUCUGGCCGCAAUGUCGAUGACAGUGAAAGCAUACGUUAUCGGUAAGGACGACUGCCACAAGGAGAUCCGCCGCUUCGGCGUGGAUCAGGACGUCUCAACAAGUUUUGAGUAUUUGAAGCAAAAAGUGCUGGAUGUUUUUGUCGGUCUCAGGAAUGCGCCCUUUCAAAUGUACUACAAAGAUGAAGAUGGUGACCUGAUUGCUUUCUCCUCUGAUGAUGAGCUAAUGAUGGGGUUGUCUCUUGUGAAGAAUGACACCUUCCGUCUCUACAUCAAGCAAAAAAAGGAGCACAAACAUGAUUCCUCACCUCACGGGAGCUUUGGGUUCUCAUUCAGCCCGCCUCAUGGAGCCCCCCACUUUAGCCCCCCAGGUUUUAAUCAUAUGGGUCCACCUCCAAUGGGACCCCAAGCACCUCCUCAUAUGGGUCCUCCUCCCCAUCAUCACCCUCCUCCUCCACAGUUCCAUCAGAUGCCGCACCCAGGGGUGACCUGUAAGGGGUGCGAUGGGCCAGUAACUGGAACACGUUUCAAGUGCACCAUUUGCCCUAAUUAUGACUUGUGCUCCUCCUGCCAGAGCACAGGCCUCCACAAGGAGCACAUUCUCCUGCCCAUCUUUCACCCAAUCCCCGACAUGUCUGAGUGGUUCCCUAAUGGGAAAUUUUGGCCCAAGAUGAGACACUGCAAGUGGGCAAAUGCUCAGGCUCAGGGCUCCAACCAGGCUCAUGCUUAUGCUCAAGCUCAGGCCUCAAACCAGGCUCAGCCAGGUCCAUCUGGAGCCCAGCAAAACGAGGAUGCUUCUGAAAACAUGGAAGAGAACGGUGGUACUGCCUCUUCCCAGGCUAAUAUGGAGUACCUGAAGAACAUUGGAGUGGGAGUGGCGGCCAUGUUGAACCCCUUUGGCAUAGAUGUGGACAUCGACGUUGAGCAUGAUGGGAAGCGGACCAAAUUUACAGCAAGUCAUCCUGCCUCCAGUGGGCCACGUAGUGCUCGGAGUGAGAGCGGCUCCAGUGGGUCUGGUCCAGGAAGUCAGCCCACUGAAGAGAGCAACAGUGAGGGAACAAAGAAACAACAAAGAAGUGAUGAGGAAUGGACUCAUCUCAGCUCUAAAGAGGUGGACCCCUCCACAGGAGAGCUUCAGUCUCUCAGGAUGGAGGUGGAUGGGACCGAUCCUUCAGCCACGCCAAGUACAGACUCCAGCACAAGCACCUCGCAGGGUCCCAGUGGUCUGCGCAAGGCAGCUCUCUACCCACACCUUCCUCAAGAUGCAGACCCCAGGCUGGUGGAGUCUCUUUCUCAGAUGCUCUCCAUGGGCUUCACCGACGAGGGUGGAUGGCUGACCAGACUGCUCCACACUAAGAAUUUCGACAUCGGAGCUGCCCUGGAUACCAUCCAGUACUCCAAACCCGGCUCACAGAAGUAGAGAAGGAGCACGGGAAUCAAGAAGACCUGGGCCAUACCCAACGCUGUUUGAAACCUCUGGCCUAUUUUCUAUUAUCGGUCUUUGCAUACUUUUUCAAUAACAAAUUAUUUACGUAAAUGUUAUCAACAAUAUCAAUUACUCAGGUGACUAGCACAUAGUUAUGUUAAUUUUUGGGCUUUUAUGCAAAAUGGAUAUAUUUAACAUUUGUCAUUAGCAUUACACUUCAUAUUAUUAAGAUCAUUGUCAUCAUAUGCAUAUUACUUAUAUAAGUAGAUAUCUACAUUUGUGUGAUUUUUCUAUUUGCAUUUACAUAACCAAGAGUCAGACGAAGCAGAAACCUGGGGGUAUUUUUAUUGUUAGUUUGAAUGAGCAGAUGGAAUCGGGUAAAUGUUACUGUAGGUCUUCUAAAAUUCCUGUCCUUUCUAUACACAAUAAAAUGCAAAAAAAAAUAAAUAAA